CGACUUGGGCGCCUCUUGGUAUUCAAACGUGUAAAAAAAAAACAUUGGGACAAUGCAUUUAUUUGCUUUGGAAAGCUUAGCCGUGUUUUUUAGUGUUCCCAAGAAAAAAAUAAUUAUUUCCCCCACUCCAUACAAACAAUUAUUUAUAAAGCCUUCUCUUCUCUUCAAAUACAGUAGAAAAGCCCAUCUAUAAAAUCAGGUAAUCUUCUCUUCAAAAAUGAAACCUCAAACAUCCGGUUCUGUUAGUACUCGGUAAUGACCUUUUCUGCUUGCCUCUUUCAUGCCUUCUGGUCAGCUUCGUAUAUUAUAAGAUAAGUAGAUUUUCUGUUGUUCCACAAUCCAUUUAUUGCUAUGGUAGAUUCAAAUUUUUUGGGAUUAAAUAUACCAAAAUUCCAUUUGUCUACAUUAACCACCACAUACCAACAGGAUGAAUAUGGCAGAAACCCAAGGUAUGAGGAGCAUGCUUGGAGAAUUUAACAAGAAGAAAAUCGGAUCCAAAAUGAACUUAUAACAAUAAGGGUAAAAAAUUGAACUUAUAACAAUAAGGGUAAAAAAAAUUGUAAAAAUACAGAGAACUAUACCAGAAAAUAUAAAGAAACCAAUUAAUAUGUAUGCAUGUUAGCUAUGAAUUAGGCAAAACGAUGCCUGCUCAUAGAAAUUAACAUAAAUUGAGGUAAAAAUACCAGAUAGGGAUGAAGAAAGCAAACACACCUCCCCAAAAAUAAAAAUCAUCGAUGGCCGUGUGGUAGAUACGAAGGCAAUCGAAGAAGAUGGAGCCCGCUAGAGAUAAUAGCCUCUCACUAGGAAACAUUAGGGCGGCUCAUCGGGAGAAAAAAGAAGAUAAAGGAGAGGGUAGAGUGGCGCAGGCAGUAAGGCGUAAUUGUUGUGCGAGAAGGUGGUUAGGGUUUGGGGAGAAGAUGGUGGGCCGGUCCACUUCACACCCUCCUACUACAUACUCCGUAUUUAUUUUUUACUUCUUUAAUCUUUAGCAUAAUUCUCUGUUUAAACUCUUACAAUCCAAGACUUGCAUUUUAAAAUAUUUUCGGCUUUGUUUGCUUAGGUUGUAAGAACAGAAUUGGGUAUUGGAAAAACUCGAAAGAAUUGGAUGAAACUCGAACGAAUGUAAAAAAAGGUUUAAAAGAUACUCAUUUAAAUAAUCACAAAAAUAAAUAUAUAUGGAAAACUAAUUUUGGAUAAAAAGAAUUCAUCUUUGUUUGUGUUUGAGGUAUUAUGUUAUAAAUUUAGAUAUAUGAUGUUAUUGAAUAUUCAUCAUAUGUAAAAAAAAUUAAGUCAUUUUUGGGAGAAACUGAAAAAAUUAAAGAAAUCUAAAACAAAUAAGAAAAAAUUGAAAUAAGUUGUAAUGAAUUAGAAGGAUUUAGAAAAAUUAUAAGUUAAUUUUUCUUACUCAAAUGAACAUAUCUUUAAUCUAAAUACUGUGGUUAAAUUAUUUGCUAGAGAAAGACUUAAAUUUCAUUUGGUAGGAUAAGUGUAUUUUUUUUGGGUUAGAUGUUAGAAAAAAGUAGUAGGAAUAGAAAAGGUAGAAAAAAAAUCACAAAUAGUGCAUCUAGCCCGGAGAAGAUGACUCAAGGUUUUUUUUAUUUAAUUUUAUUUUUACUUUUUCAAUUUUUGAGUGAUAUGAUUUACAAGAUUAUAAAAUUUGUAUAUAUAUAUAUAAAUCAACCUUGAAAUUUAUCAACAGAUAUUGUUUUUUUAGAUUUUGGUGUUUUGAUUUUUGAAAUCCUAAAAUCUCUAUUUGUAGGGUAUUUAAAAACCUAUUUUAAUAAUCUUUUAUUCCGUAAUAUACGGUAUGAUUUUCCCGCCCAUCUAAUUGGAUAUGGUUUCAGGUAUGGUUUGACCAGAUCAGAUAUGGGUAACUUAAAUUAAUUUUUUAUGGGAAGGUGUUAGCUUAUGGAAAAGUGUAACUUAAAUAAAUGCUUUAUGGGAAAGUGUAAAAGUUUUUGAGAAAAAAUAAAAAUUUAUGGGAAUCCUUUUGGACGAAAUGUGACCAAAAAAACAUUGCUAUUCAUGUACGAGCUGUAUGUGUUUCAUGAUGAAGAGGUAUUUGAUCUUUUACUAAUCCAAUUAUUCCAGUUUUUUUUGCUACGCUUUUUGUUCAUGCAACAAAUAAAUAACGUGCAUGAAAAAUCUUAAUCCUACAUGAGUAAAAAAAUCAAUUGAAAAUGUAUAAUAUUAAAAAAAUAAAUUGAUAUUGACAUGUUACUUUGAAAAAUUAGAAUAUAUUUUUUUAAUAAAUAAAGAAGCUAGAAUUUUUAAAUGAAAUAUAUAUUUUAAUAAAUUAAAUAUAUAUUUUAAUAAAUAAAGAAGGUGGAAUCCGAAGCAUAUUUUAGAAAAAAAUUCUUGCAUAUUCCAAAUCCCUAAGUUCCUUUAAAGAAAAAUAUUUAAUUUUGUGAUUAAUAAGAGCUCUUCAAAAAUCGAAUGAAAUGGUAAAAUCCGACCCGAAUUUGAAAAAAAAAUGAUGUUUCUUUUAAAUCCCUUAACUCCUUUAAAGAAAAAUAAAUAUUUAAUUUUGUUCGAAAUUAGAUCUUCAAAAAUCGAAGAAAAUGGUGGAAUCCGACCAAAAUUUCAAUAAAAAGACAUGCAUAUUCUAGAUCAUUCAAAUCCAUUGAAGGCAAAUGAAUAUUUAAUUUUGGCUGUUUUUUAGAUCUUAAAAAAUCGAAGAGGAUGGUUAAAUCAAAACAGAUUUCAGAUAUAUACACAUGCAUGCUCCAGAUUCUUCAAAUCAUCUAAAGAAAAAUAAAUAUUUAAUUUUGAUAGAAAUUAAGAUAUUCAAAAAUCGAAGAAGAUGAAAUAAUCUAAUUAAAAACUUACCCAGCGAGAGAAUCCGAAGCUUUCCAUCGUUUUUCCAUCGUUCAUUGACUGGAAAUUCAUCGAAUCGGUGAAAGGCGAUGGGAAAACAAAUCGAAAAAAUGAUU